GUAAACAUCAGGAUUGAGACUCCAGGAUACGACUAUUCAUAUGUGUAAUUUUUAGCUGACUGGGUUGACCUACAGGGAUUUGUUACAAAUGAUGUACAGUACACUUAUUUUGUAACGAACCGGCUGUGAUUGGCCGGUGGACCGGUCUAGCACAGGGAACUGAAAAGUCUGAAUAUUCCAGAAUGAACGAGGCAAAGACACCGUUAUCAAAAUUAUUAAAAACCAAGAAUGCGAGGGGACUCCUGGCCUACGGUGUGUUUGUAGGUGUUGGACUAUAUGCUUUAUAUAAAAAUGGUGAAGAAUGGUUUGGGACUCCUAAGGAAUACAAAGAAGUGGUAGAACUACAGAAAAGAGUUGAUGCAAAAAGGAGGAGAGAGCGUCAAGAGCAAGCAGAAAAGAAGUUUUAGGGGGAUGGUAGACCACAAGUUAACAAUGUUACUGGAAAUGAAUGAGGUUAGAGCUGUCAGUUGAUACAUUACACAUUCAAAUUCAUCAUCAGGAUUGUCACCAAACUCAGAAAUGCAAUCACAGUCGAAGACGACAAAUCGUGUGGAUGCAAAGACAGAGUCUCACAUAAAUCCCCUUACACUGGAGAAUGACCAGAUAUUGAACGGUUUAAUACUGAUGGAACAAAUAACAUCUUCUUCAAGAGGACCUUCGGGCAAAGUCAAAAUGGUACAAAACUCAGUUGGAGGCCAUUUAACUAUGACCUCUACUUCAUCAAGGUUACUGAAUGCAAUGUCUUUCUCCAAUCCUGUAGUAAAAUUGAUUGUAAGCACUGCACAGGGACAUUUAAAAACAUUUAGUGAUGGUGGACAUUUGUUGAUGUCAGUCAGCCUCAGUUUGAUAUUGGAAUCAUUAAAGCUAGACACAAGCAGGAGAAUACUAACUGAUCUAUAUGAAAUCUUCCUGGGUAUGUGUGUAGAAUAUCUCAGAGGUAAUAGUGAUAUUCAGACAGAUGUUGUGUUCUCAGAUUUAAAACAAAUGUCAUCAGUGGUAAAAAGCAUCCUUAUUUCCAAACCUCAGUGUCGAUUCUCAAUGAAACACAUGAGGUUAUAUAGUAACCUGAUAUUGGAGAGUUUCCUGUCAUCGCUACCCAACUGUAAUGCCGUGCAGCAGUUGUCCGACUGUGUUAACAUGGUGGCAAUAGAGGGGGAAUCAAUGGAGAAAUCCUCCGUUCUUCAUGGACUCCUUCUUCAGUGCCCAGAAAUAGCGUCACAUUCCAAACAAAACAUACAUACAUUAACGGCCACAAGUGAUUCCUCUCACGUCCUAGUUGCCUUGGUAACAGCGUCAAUGUCUGGUGAUACAGAGGAGGUAGGCAGCAUGCAGUUUGAGUCUGAUGUGUCUGUGGACACAGAAUACUUUUUACUGGACAUUUUGGAGGAAUUCUGCGAAAAAUUGGCAGCGAAUAAUGUGGGAAUUCUUCUUUGUCAGCGAGUAGUUCAUCCUCGACUGAAACAGCGAUUCAAAGAACUGUCCAUUGUGGUGGUGGAGAGACUUGGUGCUAUCAUGACACCGUAUAUCCAGGAUGUUUCAGGUGCUGUUCCUAUAAGAUCUUUUCAUGGUCUGGAUGUGGAAUGGUUUGGAAAAGUGACUGCUGUAGAACAUCAGAUUAUACAAGACAAGAGCUACUUGCUUCUCUCACCUUUAGCAGACAAGUGUGUCGUAAGCUUGAUCUUGUACAGUCCAGACGAGGAACAGCUGUCCGAACUAAAGACCCUGUGUUCUACCUGUCUGUUGUCUCUGCGUCGACUUGUCCACUCACCCCACGCCCUAUUUGGAGCAGGCUGCUGGCAGACACACCUCUCAGCUGUACUUAAAAAGAAGGUCAAAGCAGACAGAGUGGACAUUAUGAAGAAGACAGGCUGUACAAUGCAGUCUCUAAUGCAGGCUUGUAAAGUCUUCACCAACACUCUGGAAAAGAUUGCUAUAGGAACAGUGAAUGACGGACAUGACCAUAUGUCCGACUCGGAAUACGGUCAUCAUUGGUGCCUACCAAAGGGCAGUAACUCCAACACUGAUGUAGCCCUGGAGUGUUCCUGUGGAGCCUUCAAACAAAACCUUUCUCAACUGUUUUAUCUGGGUGAAUUUUCUGGUACUGUUGAACAGACAGGGUCCAAAACUCUACCAGCCUGGAUAUUCCAGGAUCCCUGUAAUGGAUUCGGAUGUAGUUCUAGAUUUGUCAGCAUCAUGUGUAUCAGCUCUGACAUCAGGUGUUCUCACGGCCAAUACUGUCUUAUCUAUCGGACAUUUUAUACAGGACAUCAACUAACAACUCAAAUGUUUCUCAGUACAGGUAUUAGUAAAAUGACCAUGUUCUCUUUAAAAGGUUUGAGAAUCUGUAGUUUGCAGUGACAAAUCCAUAAUCAUCGUGUGAAAGUUUCGUAUAAUAAAUUCUUUGUAAUGAU